UCCCGAAGCUCCACCGACUCGACCACCGAAACCACAGCCCAAACCAAAACUCCAAUCCUCAUUAACAUCUACGAUCUCCUCCCACCCUCCCGCCUCUCCACCCUCCUCUGGCACCUCGGCUCCUCCCUCCACCACUCUGCCGUCGUCCUCCCGAUCCGAAGCACCUCAACCUCCGAACCCAUCUCCCGCGAAUACGCCUACGGCGGCCACCCCCACCCGCACCUCACAGGCGUCUACCACACGGCCCCUCUCACUCCCCCACCGCACUCGACCCACCGCGCAACAAUCCUCUUCGGACAUACCACCCUCUCACCCUCCGAAAUCGAAGUCGUGGUCAAAGACGUGAGCAGCGAGUUUUUGGGGGUGGAAUAUAAUUUGUUGACGAGGAAUUGUAAUCACUUUACUGCCGCGUUAUUGGAAAGACUUAGUGGGAGGAAAGCGCCGGGGUGGUUGAAUCGCGCGGCGGGGAUUGGGGUGCGGGUUCCGUGUUUGUUGCCGGGGGAGUGGGUUAUUCCGCCAGAAGCUGGGGAGACGGCGGAGGGACAUUUGCUUGAGGAGGAGGAUGAUGAG